AAAUUUUUAAAAAAGUUUCGACUUUUCCCUCUCACUUUUUUUUUUUUUCUCUUCACAUGUCUUUAAGGCAAGAAAAAACAGAGAAGAAAGAUUAAUCUUGAAGAAGAAAAUGUCAUCCAAAAGAAGCGUUUUGCAGGAAUUUCAAUUCCCUGAGGCUUCAAGGAACAUAAAGAAGGUUGACAUUGCUGGUUUCAGGCUGAUUGAGACUGCAAAAGAUGCACCAAGGCAAAGGGAAGAAGAAGAAAAGCCUGAAAGGUUCGAGUCCAAGUGUGAUUUGCGCAAGAGUUUGGCUUGGGAUAGUGCCUUUUUCACAAGUCCAGGAGUUUUGGAUCCUGAGGAGUUGUUUGAGACUUUGAAUAUUCAUGAUGGAGACAAUGGACUCAAAGAAGCGAGUGCUUUACCUUCUGAGUCCAUGGCAGCAAGUAGAAUUGGUGAGUGCAUUGCCCGAAGAAGUUUAGCUUGGGAUACUGCCUUUUUUACAAGUGCAGGGGUAUUGGAUCCAGAAGAGUUGUCUAUGGUAAAUAAAGGAUAUAAGAAGUCUGAAACACAUACACUUCCUGGAAUUGAAGAAGAAUUCUGGAAAUCUGCUGAAUCGAACUCUACAAUGGGUAGUGAUUACUCCUUGGCAAGUCUUGAGAUUGAUCUUUUUGAUGAUAUGAAAACCUCCAUGCAAAAAUCAAGCAAAGCAUACAAUAUGGUCAAUUCAAGUUGCAAACUUGAAAUUCAAAAAGGCAUACCAAAACCCCAUUCUUCAAAAAGGCUGGAUGCCACUUCAUCAGUGAGGAUUAAACCCUUGCCGGUUUCCAGAACGCAAAAAAUUAGUGCCAAUGGAGUGGCGAAGACAGCAAAUGAAGCCAUCAAUCCUCCUCAAGCACAGCAUGCUACUCGAAGAGGUGAACCUGAUUCAUCGUCUUCUGCUAAGCUGUCAAAGGGAUUUAGCCAGGCCAACCCUCUCUCAUCUGCUACAACCAAAAGGGCUUCAUUGGGUGCAAACAACAUGAAAGUGAACAAAAUCAGAAAAGCUGUACCUGGACGAAAUAUGGUGAAGAAACCUUUUGGUGACUAUGGUAGUUUUAUCCCCAGUUCAACACCAUCUCCAGAGCCAGCUUCAUCAUGUUUCCACAUUGCCUCCAGAGAUCUUUCAGGAUCAGCUUGUGGUCAGAUUGCUUCAAUGGAUAAAUCUCCAAACUCUCUGAGAAGAAAUAAUGGUUUGGCUGCUUCUUAUUCAAAUGAUAGGACUCCUAUAAGAUCUUUAACCAGACACGAAUGCAAACAGAUAGAUUCUUCUCAGCCUACUGACUUACUAUCCACACCCAAGUCUUCAAGCACAUCAGUUUCUAGUUCCAUUGAUUGUUGGUCUUCUGAAUCCUCAGCUUCUGUGAAUCAUGGAUCUAAUAAAUUUACAAAGAGCCUCGAUAAUGCCUUCAACAGAGGGGUUCCUGUGAACAAUUCUCAAGGCUCGGACACUGAGAAGUGUUCUAGUGAUCAACCCUUUGUGCGAAAACCUUCUGGCCUUCGACUGCCAUCGCCAAAGAUUGGAUUUUUUGAUGUGGAAAAUUCUGGGGCACUAACUCCAAAUGGAGGUCUAAAGUUUCAUUCUGGUAUGCAAAAUGCUUCAAAAAUCAGAAGUGGCACGAAUCAUAUCAAUGGCACUCCCAAUAAAGUAAAGUACGGUAAGAUUCAACCACCAAGAACAUCAACAAGGACAGCUAGUGUGAAGGAGAAAAAGCUGGGUUGUCUGCAAACUGGAAACCAAAGUUUCAGGGGUAUCAAGCCUAAUUGUGCUGGACAAUUUACAGUUUCUGGGACAAUCAGAAGCUCUCUUGCAACAAGCUCCAAAGCUGAGACUGAUGUAUCCUGUGAAUCAAGCUAUGGAUAUGGCUCAAAAACUAAUGGUUCGGGAUCAUAUUUGAAAGGAAAGGACAAAGGUAAAACUCAACCUGGGAACAAAGAACAUGUCACUCAAAUUGUUAAGAUGUCAUCUGUGGAUCAGAAUGAAGACACAAGUGCACUUAAUCGUGAUGGCAAUGAAAAUUUAUUCGAUUUCGAGAAUCAAGUUAAUGUUUUAACUAAGCAGGUUGAGGCCAUUGAUUUCAAUGGGGCUUUGGUGAUAGAAUUCUAAGCUGAAAUGAGACCUGAAUCAUUCUAAUUUUUAUGUUGAUGUAAAUCCUGCAAAACAUGGUGUUGCACAUUGUAAAGGAUGUUUACUGAUAAUAUUUGAACAACUAGAAUGUCUUGUUUUCAAGUGAAAGAAUUUUAGUGAAUAAAUUUGCAUCU